AUGCUAAACCCCACAUCUCCACCCUUUCCCCGAGCCUUCCCUUUCCCUUUCCCAACCCUUCCCCUUCCCCUUCCCCAAUUUGCCCUUUCCCUUCCCCUUCUCUCCCUCACAAGCAAGCUUUCCUCAACCCUCUCUGUCACCGGCCUCCAUUUCGGUGCCGCGCCGAUCGUCCCUCCCCAACCUAGUCUUUCACAUUCCCAAUAUGCUUCUUCGCACCACCACAAGAUCGAGGUGCUCUCCAACCUCGCCGUCCAGAUUUCACACUUUCCCACUAUUUUCAAGCACUUUGUCAACCGCCUCCAACCCUCCGUCGCCAACGUCUUCGUUUUCGAGCCCGCCGCACUCGUCGGUCCUCCCUAUUUGUCGUCGUCUGCUCUCUGUUUUCCUCUCUGUCUCCCUCUGCAUCCUCCUUCUCUUUCUCUGCAGCAAAGAAGAAGAAGAACAUCAAUGAAGAAGAGAAUUGGUGAAGAUAAGGAUUAGUUUUUUUUUUUUUUGAUAAAUAUAAAACGACGUCGUAUUGGGUAUUAGGUUUUUUUUUUAAUAAAUACAAAACGACGUCGUUUCAGUUCAGCUCAGUUUUCUGGUAGCAAGGAUGGACGGAAAUUAUUUUAAGGACUAUUAUGAGUUCUGGAGUGCAAUUUUAGGGACGAAUUUGAGGAAUUAUUAACUUCGGAGAUUACUUUGAGACUCGAGUGCAACUUCAGGGACUACUUUGAGACUUAUCUCGUCGUUUACUAAUUCGAAAGUGAUAUCAAUUUAACAUUUCACGUGGAUAGAUUCCGUUAGGUGUUAACGGAGUAAAAAAUGAAAGGACCAAUUCUCACCAUUCUCACGACUUUUAGAGACAAUGACCAAUUGACCCUUUUUUAUGUUUAGAAAUCGUAUUGUUUUCCCUGAUAAUGAAAAAGAAUUGGAUUGUGUGUUUA